GCGCUUGUGGCGCGUCGAGCGCUCUCGGGCUCUUUUGAGAAGGGGGUUGGGGGAGGGGGUGGGGGGCUGGGGCUGGGGGUCUACACAAGCACCGGGCGGGCCUGGGCGUUGGGCCUGCGGGGAGCUACGGUUGGGGCUACGGACGAAGUAGCCACAUCCGGGGCUGAUGUGCAUGGUGCUCAUUCGCUUGCCUGCCCAGCCUUCGCGGACUGCCCCCGAAUCGAAUGAAUGAAUGCACGCACGUCCUCGCGAUGUUCAUGCACAUCGCGUCUCGAAAGCGUUCUCUUUCGCAUGAACCUCCUGCUGCGGUGUCUCGAUUUAGAUCGCCCCCGGACUCAACCAUCGGCAUGUGCAAAAUACGCAUCGAGUGUAUUUCACGGGCCCUCCAUGGUCGGCGAGGAUGGGUCCCCUCGGAGAUAUGGUUGGCUAGAAAAAUCACGGCCUAUCGCAUCCUCGGAUCCAAAGACAACCAGAGAAACCUCAUUUUGCAAUCUAUGGUAAAUGCAUUGUAGCCACUAUUCUGAUUCGCUGUCUGGAAAGCUUCGACUGUUCGGAUAAACUUUGUGUCUUCGAUGUCAAUUGAGGUCGCUUGCUCGCAUCCCUUUUUGCUAUAAUACUCGGUGCCCCCCUUGCUUUCGGAAGGGGCACACAAGAAGAUCUUUUUUUCACGGGUUUUCAAUCUCCAUCGAGUGCUCUUUCGAUGCGAGUGAAUGAGCACCUUAUCCUCCAGCUCUACACUUCGGCGGCGAGAGUACUGGGCUUUCAUCUGGCUUUCCGACGAUGCACUCGUUUCUGUCACCUUCUGUGGAAAGACGAGGAUCAGCUUACAAUCACUGGAGAAGAUACCUGUCUAGAUACGGCUCAACAUUUAAGGGGGUUGAGAACAGCAAACAAGCAUGAGAUGCACGUCAAUUCUAUAGUAAGCUUCAUGGCCAAUUUUGUACUGACUGGUUGAAUCAUUCCAAGCACGCUCUGGACUCGUAUGAAUGCCAGUCUACGACUGAAGUUGUUUUAUUCAUAUCAUAUUGUCUGGUACUAUGGCAUACUGUACAGUUUUACCCUCGUUCGAAUUCCACCAGAAACAGUUCUUCUACCAUUCGAGGCUAAGCUGCAUACGGUAGUACCAUGCAGACUUACAUAGCUGUCAAGUGGGUGCACCAUACCCACGAACCCCAGACGUCGUCGAAUAGUAAGAGGUUGUCUCUCUGGUAAAUCUAUUGACUCUUCUCGAGGACAGUGAUGCGGACUCUCCCAUGUAGACCAGGUCAUCGAUAGUUUUACGAUUUCGUGCCUUUUCAUUGUUCUCUGCACUUGAGGUGACGCAUCUUAACAUAAGAAUGAAUAUGAGUGAAUUCGAUAGUUUAUUUCUGCGUGGACGUUCCGAUGCACAUAUUCGUGUCUAGCAUUCUAUGGGGUUUCAGUAUGUGUGCACUGUCUCCAGAAUAAUCCGCAUUCUGUUCUUGGACCUGAGAAAAGGUGCAGACAAUUAUUUUCCGCGAUUGCCACCAUGUAGACUUCCUUUAAAUUCUGUAGUAGCUGACGCUUGGUUCUCCUGAAUUCAC